GCUCACCACCAGUGCAUAACUUUUUGGAUUCAAGAACAGAUUUCAUUCAACAUUCUGGAUGGCACAGAAGGUGAAAGAUUGGAAUUCAUGAUGGGGCAAGAGAAUCACAGUUUCACCAGUGAUUUCAUUCUCCUAGGACUCUUUUCUUCUUCCCAAUCAAGUCUAGUUUUCUGCUCUCUUAUAGUCAUUAUUUUUAUUAUGACUAUUACGGAAAACACAAUCAUGAUCCUCCUUAUCCUCAGGGACUCAAGACUCCACACUCCAAUGUAUUUCCUGCUCAGCCAUCUGUCUUUCAUGGACAUCUUGCAUAUUUCUAACAUUGUUCCCAAAAUGGUUGCUGACUUCCUGUCAGGCAGCAGAACUAUUUCAUUUGCAGGUUGUGGCUUCCAGGUAUUUCUGUCCCUCACCCUCCUAGGUGGUGAGUGUCUUCUCCUGGCAGCAAUGUCUUAUGACCGCUAUGUAGCCAUCUGCCAUCCACUACGCUAUCCCAUUCUUAUGAAUGACUAUGUCCUCAUUCUCAUGGCUGGAGGGUCCUGGCUGGUUGGGACUGUCAACUCCAUAGCCCACACAGCUUAUGCCCUCCACUUUCCCUUCUGUGGCUCAAGAGCUAUUGAUCACUUUUUCUGUGAGGUCCCUGCCAUGUUGAAGUUGUCCUGUGUGGACACAACCCUGUAUGAACAAGGAGUUUAUGUAAGUGGCUUAAUUUUUCUCCUCGUCCCUUUCUCCCUAAUCUUUGCUUCUUAUGUCCAAAUCCUCCUCAGUGUUCUUCAAAUGAAAUCAUCAGAAGCACGGAAAAAGUCAUUUUCUACCUGUUCUUUCCACAUGAUUGUGGUCACAAUGUACUAUGGGCCAUUUAUUUUCACAUACAUGAGACCCAAAUCAUACCACACUCCAGGCCAGGACAAGUAUUUGGCAAUAUUCUACACCAUCCUCACACCCACACUGAACCCUAUCAUCUACAGCUUUAGGAAUAAAGACGUUCUGGAGGCAAUGAAAAAUAUGCUCAAAGGUAACUUUCUCCAUUAA